AUGUCCGAUCUCACAUCACCCCUUUCCUUCCUUACGGAAAACCCCGCUGCCGCGGCUGUUCAGGAUGCAUACACUUCGUUCUCCGAGCGGAGGGCGUUGCUCAACCUGCCCAACCCGGGUACCGUGGACAACAUCGCGCGUGAGGUUCAGAAGGAGGUCAUGCUGUCCAACUUCAUGUUCUCGGGUCUCCGCGCAGACCUGACCAAGGUCUUCGGUAUGUCUCCUCUGUUCCGCGUGUCGCACGCGUUCUCCAUGGGCUCGUCCGGCAACCUGCCCCCGUACGCUUUCUCUGCCAUGUACGGAAGUCCCAAAGUCUUUAUGCAAGGUAACUUCGGAAGCGAUGGCACUCUCUCGGCCGUUUACAACCACCGCUGGACCUCAGCUCUGGUCACUAAGGCCAACGCUCAGAUCAUGCCCGGUGCUACCCAGGGCCUGCUCCAGCUCGACAAUGACUAUACCGGCGAUGACUUUUCUGCUUCCCUCAAGGCCUUCAACCCGUCCUGCCUCGAGGGCGGUCUGACUGGUAUCUUCGUCGGUAGCUACCUUCAGUCGAUCACUCCUAGUCUUGCUCUCGGUUUUGAGGCUAUCUGGCAGCGCCAGGGCCUUAACGCUCGUCCCGAAACUGCUCUUUCCUAUUGCGCCAAGUAUAAGGGAGAUGACUGGAUUGGUACCGCUCAGCUCCAGGCCCAGGGCACGUUCGCUGCCACCUACUGGCGCAAGCUAUCCGAGCGCGUCGAGGCCGGUGUCGAUAUGAACCUUCAGUUCGCCCCCAAUGCCGCGGCUAUGAUGAUGGGUGGCCCCAGCCGCGAUGGCACCACCGCCAUCGGUGCCAAGUACGACUUCCGCGCCUCCUCCUUCCGCGCCCAGGUUGACAGCGCCGGUAAAGUCAGCUGCCUUCUCGAGAAGCGUAUCGCGAUGCCCAUCUCUUUGACCUUCGCUGGUGAGAUUGACCAGGCUAAGCAAACCGCCAAGGUUGGCCUUGCCGUCUCGCUCGAGAUCGCCGGCGAGGAGUUGAUGGAGCAGCAGGAGAAGGCUGAUCCUGCCAGCAUGGUUCCUCCUCCCUUCUAA